AUGACGAUGAUUUAUCCACCGGUCGAUGAAAUCGUCGCAUGUUAUCUGAAGAUGAUGAUCGAUAGCAAUUGGCCAAGCGACUUCCUUCGAAACGAAGACGUGUACUGCACAAAUCCAUGGACGCAUUUCAACACUCAAGAGCCUUCGAUCUUACACGACGGACGAUACUUGUUCGUUAACCGGAGAGAAGAAGAAUCUGGUAAAACCGACGGAUGUGAUUCAGGUUGCUGGAGAAUCGUGGGUCGUGAUAAACUGAUCAAGUCGAAGAAGACAGGGAAGAUUCUAGGGUUCAAGAAGAUUCUUAAGUUCUGCGAAAAGGAAGAACCGAGAUCGGUUUUUAGGUUUUGGGAAAGGGAGAAGAGACGAGUGAAAGAUAAGAGGAUUUGGGUUAUGGAAGAGUAUAGGCUUGCGAGUAAGUGGAAACAAGAUUACGUGAUCUGCAAGAUUCGGCUUCUAAAUCCAAACCCACUAGAGUUCUUGUUAUCCAACCAUAUUCGAGGUUACAAUAUCUGA